CUUAGGGACCAGUAAAGCGCUAUACAGAUACAGGCUAUUUACCAUUUAUCCGAGGGAGAAAAAUCAGCUGAAGCUUUUGUGCUGACAUUCAUUUCAAGUUGGGGUUGCUUUUUAUUGCUGCGGAAUGACAAAAUCUGGAGGUGAAGGCAUAGCAGGAAAAGGUUGGGAACCACUUCAUUAAAAAUAAUAAGAGGGGAAAAAAUAUAGAAUUUAUGUAUGAAUUUGAAACACAAGAAAACUCAGAGACUGAAGUUUUGUAAAAAUACAACUUCUAGGAGGGCUGUUGCAAACUAUUAUUAUAGAUAUCAGUGUUUUAUAAGUUGCUGCUAAGUGCAGAUGUGAAAAAGAAUAAAGUAGGUCCCAUCUCAUUUAACAUUUUACUGCUCAGUUUGCCUUGCAUGCAAGUUAUAUAAUGCUGUCUGUAUUUAGUUCUGUGUUCUUUUGAUGUGCUUGUGGUAGUGGAGAUGUAUAAUUGCAGCCAGAGGGAGUCUUGGGCAGACAGCAGCUGGAGUCAGGAGGAGAGAUGCACAUAUCAGCCCCAGGUGUCUUCCCUUUCCACCGCUCACUAUAAUUCCUCCAGUGAGAGGCAGAGCUCUCAGACCUUGGCCAUCUAUCAGUACUCACAGACACCAGACAGCUCCAUGUCAUCUCAGGCUUCCUGUUCUGCCUCCUCCUACUGGGAUUUCUCUCUCCAAAUGCAGACUGAAGCCUAUUAUCAGUACUCACAGACAUAUUCCCACAGAAAGUGCUCUGAACCCCCUGCUUACAAGUCCAGCCAGUCUCUGUCAUUUUCUCAGCAUGAGGUUCCUGAGACGCCAGCAACUUUCUGUCAUGGAGACAGAUAUACCCUGUCCUUCCAAAUACCAGAGAGGCUCUCUGAACAUGAAACUACACCACGGAAAAACUCAACAAAAGAAAUCAGACCACCUUUCAUAGUGAAUAUAUUUCCAGACGAUGAAGCUCCUGACAUCAUGCUUCCAACAACAGAGCAAUCUAAUUGUCAUAAAGAGGAGCCUGCUGCAGUUUGUCAUCCAGUAUCGUCGUGCCUUAAAAUAUAUGAAGGGAGAGAAAGCAGGGCAUCAGGUGCACAGACAGAAAAGGUUGGUAAAGACAGCUGGCAUAUUGCCACAAAACUACAAGACACCAGAGCUCCAGGAAGUCGAUUAAAAUGGAAGCAGCCUCUAUCUGACCCCACUGAAGCAGCCAGUGGUGGAGCAGGAGACAGAGUUGUGCUAUACCAGCAGUCAGAAUCUGAAACAAUCAACACUGGAAGGGCACAUCUACCUCCUAGUGUCUUUAUUACAAGACAGGAGAACUGUUGUGAUGCACAUUUGCCCAAGUUGAUGAGAAAUAUAGUUGGGAAGGAAGAUGAGGUGCUGAUAGCAGAUACAGAACAUAUCACUGAGCUGGGAACCAGACAGAUUUCAAACAUAUGCCGUGAAAUUCAAAACGCAGUAAAUGAAGCUGCAAGGAAAGAGAGAGAAAAUCGAGAUGUGAGUGCACUUCACGCAAAAGGAUCUGCCUAUGAAAUGGAGCGAGUUGUGCCUGUGAGAACCAUUGAAGACACCACAGUUAAAAGCCAUUUGAACUCAUUAGACAUCAGAGACGAUUUUGUUGACAGCGGCACUAAAAGUGAAACACGUGGGGAGAAUGAAGAAAAUGGUUUAGAAUAUAUAGUCAGUGCCUCUGAAGUCAAUACUGAACACUCCCUUGAUACUGAGAAUAAAGCAACAACAGUUGAACAUGAAUAUCCACAAAAGAUCUCCAUAUCUUUAGGAAGUGGACUCCAGGAUGUGAGCCACUGCUACACUGAAAAGCCUCAGAACAAGGAUCAGAUUGGGACCAACACAGCAGAGAACGACCACACUCAGGAGCAGUCUGAGGCCAGGAGCGUCAGCCUCCAGGACAACAGCGCUGAAAACAUAGAAAAGACAGAGGUGAUGGAGGCCAAAAUGGAAGCUACAUUUCAGAAUAAAACAAUGGCAAACACUAAUCAUCAGAUGGCGCAGGGACAGUGUGAGACACAUGAUGGAAAACUUGCAGAGUUUCUCGGAAUGGACACUGAAGAGGGAAAAGGGGGAGAAGACAGAGAGGCAGAGGAAGUGGCAGCUGUGGACAGUGAUGUUGACAAUAAAUCUGCAGGGAACUCAGAGGGAGAAAGGGCUGCUAUGCCAACAUUGUCCCAGGAGUGUGGGGCUAAUGGGUCGGGGAUUAGAGCUGCCCGUCUCAGUAGCAGCCAGCAGCAGCAUGACAAUGCAAAAACCACUAAUGGAAGCACCAGAGGGAGUAGCUCGAGCUUGGUACUGGCCCCAACAAUCACUGUUGCGCCUGGACAAAACCUCUUCUCAGUGCAGGAAUUGACUUCAGCUGUUGUAGCACCGAAGAAAGAAAAUCGAAAACUAAAAAAUUCUCCAAGUCAUCCUUGCAUGAAACUUUCCUUCCCCCUAAAGAGGAAACGUGAAGCAUGUCAGCACGAAAACACUGACCCUCCUGCCAAAAUCAGCCUAAGCAGAUGCCCUCCAAAAUGGGAGCCUCCUCGAUCCUCACAAGAGAAACCAAGGGAAGGAAGAGUUAGGGAGUCAAAGAGUGCCAGAGAACCACAGGGGAAAGCAAGUCCUUCACAUGAAACAAGAGCAGCGUCUGGGGCGUGUACACAUCUAGAUGCCUCAAACCCAACUCAGCAAAACAGGCAGAAUAAAAUGGAAAAACUAUCAAGGGAAUUACCAGGGAAGGCUUCCAUUCACCCCCCACUUUCCAAACCACGCAAACCCAAGCAAGCUGCAUGUGAAACCAACCCCACCACAAGUGGGCCCAAAGGUUUCCAAAAACUAGUUAGGAACAGUGAGCCGCCGACCCAAUCCAAAGCUGGCUGUCUGGCUGCAAGCUUGACAUGUGACCCUAGAGUAAAGUACUCUGGAAAACUUAAACCAGAUGAGAAGGUGCAGAUGCUUGAGAUCGCUGGGCAGGCUAAGGUGUUGGUGCUAACAAUGGUGUACCAAGAUGGAAGCACUCAGUUAGACGCAGAACAGAAGCUCACUCCACCAGCGUGUGGCCUCCUCAUACUAAUGAAGAACGAACUGGACUGCAGCACGCCGGAGGGUGCGCUCGGCCCAAACGACACUCUGGUCUACUUAAAACUAGAACACACACCUGCAUGGGCCCAACAACAAGUCCAUCAGAGCCAGCAGCUCUUUACUAGAGAUAUGCUGCUACAGGUGCUAUCGAGAUCUCAACUGGUGGUGUGCUAUAAAUCCAAGGAUUUGCUUCGUACAGUUCUGCAGUUUUACAGACGAGACCUCAGCUGGAAACAAGUGGCAGGCUGUCAUAUCCAGGACCCACAGGUGUCAGGGUGGCUGCUGGAUCCCACAGACCCGUCCUCCUGCUAUCAGGAGCUUCUCCAUAAAUACUGCAAAAGACCCCACACAUUACCUGCCCUGGGUGCCCAGAAAGUUUCUCAGAUUAUCUCAGGUCUCUGUUGGCUCUACAGGCUUAAUAUGAAGCUAUGCUCUGAGCUACAUAGCCAAGGGCUGUGGCAGCUCUACUCAGAUAUGGAGCUGAACAUGAUCCCUGUUCUGGCAGCCAUGGAGAGCCACCGCAUCCAUGUUGAUAAGGAGGCACUAAAGAGAACUUCAGACUUGCUGGGGACUAAAAUGAAGCAACUGGAGCAGGAAGCACACCGAGCAGCUGGACAAAUAUUUCUGUUGACCAGCAACACUCAGCUACGAACAAUUCUGUUUGAGAAGCUGCGUCUUCAUGAGCGCUGCGAAAACAAGAAGCUUCCCAAGACCAUCGGCAAACAGCAGCAGUCAACAUCCGAAGCUGCAUUGUUGCAGCUUCAGGGCCUGCACCCUCUGCCAAAAAUAAUCCUGGACUACAGGCAGGUUCGCAAAAUCAAAUCUACUUUUAUUGAUGGGAUUUUGUCGUGCAUGAUGAGCAAGAGCUACAUUUCCUCUACGUGGCACCAGACCAGUGUUGUGACUGGGAGAAUCUCUGCAAAACACCCAAACUUCCAGGCCCUGCCAAGGCAGCCACUUCAAAUCACCAAGAAGCAGUACAUCCAAGGAAAAGAAGACGAGGUGGUGACUGUGCAUCCUCGGGCCAUGUUCAUUCCUCAGGAGGGCUGCACGUUUCUUGCUGCAGACUUUUGUCAGGUGGAGCUGCGUCUGUUGGCUCACCUGUCCUCUGACCCUGAGCUGCUUCGCAUUUUUACCAACCCGCAGGCCGACGUCUUUACCAUGCUGGCCUCUCAGUGGAAGGGGUUGAGUGAGAAAGAGGUGACAUCUGAGGACAGAGAGCAUGCCAAACGCGUUGUGUACUCUGUUGUUUAUGGAGCAGGCCGCGAGCGUCUGUCGGGUAUCUUGGGGGUUAGCAGUGAGCAGGCCAGCCAAUUCCAAGAUCGCUUCCUCCAGACCUACAGAGACGUCCAGGGCUUCAUCCAGAGAACCAUCCAGCAGAGCCACAAACAAGGUUAUGUGCUGUCCAUUAUGGGUCGCAGACGGAACCUCCCCAAUAUCAACUCCCCAGACUGGGCCAUCCGCAUGCAAGCUGAGAGGCAAGCUGUCAACUUUGUGGUCCAGGGUUCUGCUGCGGAUCUCUGUAAGAUGGCCAUGAUCAGAAUCUUUAACCUGGUCUCCUCCUCCAGCUCGCUGUCUGCCAGGCUUAUAGCUCAGCUCCAUGAUGAGCUUCUGUAUGAAGUGGAGGACUCCCAGGUGCAACAGUUUGCAGCUCUGGUAAGAAGUAGCAUGGAGUCGCUACAGCACAUUGAUCAUCUGGGAGUCCAUCUGAAAGUGCCCCUGAAGGUGGCAGUCUCCAGUGGCAAGUCUUGGGGGUCCAUGUCUGAGCUUGACGUCCCUCCAAUGUUCCCCUCUCUUUGAGCGCGUCGCCUCCCUCCCUUCACCUCCUCGACGGCGACGCCUCUCUGUUGAAUCUGCUUCUUCUCCCCCUCGAUGAGCUCCUUUCUUCCCCUCAUAGUCUCCUCUUCAUCUGUACCCCUUCACUUGUCCUGCAUCCUCAUCACUAUGGAAACCAGCCAGCUGAAGCUCCCACUUACUUUUUCUCCAUCCGUAUCCGGGGGCAACGGCAGGAGCCUCAGACUGGAUCGCACCAGUUUGGUGUUUUUUUUUCUUGCUCUCUCUCUCUCUCUCCAUCCUCCAGAAAAAGAUUCCUUGUCCUCUUCCUCUCCUCCUCCUCAUCUCCUCCUCCGUUUUCUCACUAUUUUCUUAGAUGUUUUUCUGGUCGUUGCCAAGGUGAACACUUCAUGUUCAAGAGAGGGCGUGAUAUUUAUCGGUUCAUAAAAUUGUUUCAGGUUUUUUAAAAAAAAAAAAAGAAGUAGUUAACCUCUUUAUCUCUGUGGUGUUUUAUAGAAAAGACUUCCUUGUAUUUAUUGUUCUUUUGCCUUUUGUGUGUGUGUGUGUUUAAUAAACCUCACAUGUUCUUGUAAAUAUUCCCGGUCCCACUGUUUAUCUCCCAUUUUCAUGCAUUUAUUUCUGAAGCUAAUUUGCAUGCUACAUUUUAGCAAGCUCUUCGUGGAUUCGUGUUUAUCGAGUCCUUUGAGGGAUAAAUCAUACUUGGAAAAAGCAUUAAAACAGAAAUGAGCUGCAUUUAAAACAUUUUGCUGUUUUAAUGCAACGAAGCUUCGAUGUGUUCAGAGACACUUGUGUGUAAUAAACUUCACCUCGUGUUGGCUGCAUUCAUGACUCAGAGCAGAUGAUCUAAUUUUUCUCUGCUCUUCGCUCUCUGCAGCUCAUCUUUUAUCUGCUCACUUGGCUCCAGCCCACUCGCCCCUUUUGUCUUGUUUUUUUGCCUCUCUCUCUCACACACGCACACAUUCCACAAAUGCUCGUAUGGACACGUACAUGCACGCACGUCCACCGACACCCACACUUUCCAUCCGUGCAGCCGAAAUGAAUGCGCUCGCGCACAUUCAGCGGCUUCCAGGCACACUGACCGACUUUCUUUAUCUGUGGCAGCCACAGCUAAACACUUUUUAUAGUGUCCUGCAAUUAAGACCCUUCGAGCCUGCAAAAUGUGUCUGGCAGAACCAUACGCCUUGUGACAAGAUCAACAAAGCCUAACCCCCCCAUUAUGCAUUUGAAAUGUCACAUCACGUUGGCUGCUAAUUGUAGAAGUUGUCGGGACAAAGGUGCAUGUGGAACAUCCAGCAGAUCCAACAUGAGUAGUGUCUUGUCAUGCACUUAAAUUCCUGUAGUUUCCCUUGUUUUUUGUUUUUAUUCCAGAGAAAUCAACCUUCCCUUUUCCGCUCCAUUAGAGAAGUGUUUCUCACCAGGUCAGUCUGAGUAGUUCAGAGCAAGACCAAGGGACAGUGUUAUGGAA